AUGGCGAGCGCGGCGCCGGGGCUCGACCUUCAGGAUCUCCGCCUGCAGGAGCUCAUCCGAGGCUCCAUGCCGGACCGGCCGCCGUCCUCAUCGUCGUCCCGCGUGCCGCCGCUCAGCGACGACGAGAUCGGCCGGUUCUACUGCGCGGUCUGCAUGGAGCCCAAGCUGUUGUUCGACCGGUUCCGCGCCACGCCCGCGUGCGCGCACGACUUCUGCGUCGCCUGCGUCGUGUCCCACAUCGAGGCCCGCGUCGCGGACGGCGCCGUGCCCGUGCCCUGCCCGGCGGCCGGGUCCGGCUGCCCCGGCGCCAUGCACCCGGAGGCGUGCAAGAAGCUGCUCGACAUGGACGUGUUCGACGCCUGGUGCAUCGCGCUAUGCGAGCGGGCCGUCGGGCCGGGCCGCGCGCGCUGCCCCUACCGGGACUGCGGCGAGCUCGUGGUGCUCGACGCCGGCUGCGGCGCCGCCGUCGGCGCGGUGCCUGAGGAGGCGACCUGCCCCGGCUGCUCGCGCGCCUUCUGCCUGCUGUGCGAGGAGCCCUGGGACGAGCGCCACGACGGCGGCCAAGGGUGCGCGCUCGACCGGCUCGCCGUGGGGCACAACUGGAUGCGCUGCCCGAGCUGCCGCGCCAUGAUCGACAGGAUCGACGGGUGCAAGAGCAUGCUGUGCAGUUGCUUAAGAUUAUGA